AUGUCUUCGUGGUGGACGUCUCUGUUCGGCUCGGCGCAGGGGAAGGGCAACCGCUUCUCGCUGGAGGAGCUCCAGAGGCUGCACCAGGUGCUGAUGAAGAACCCGACAGUCACGGAGGCGAACCAGGACGUCCUGGUCGAGACGCUCAGGAGCACCGCGGAGCUCAUGAUCUGGGGAGACCAACACAACGCCGCUCUCUUCGACUACUUCCUCGAGCACAAUAUGCUGGCGCACUUCCACUCCAUCCUCUCACAGAGGUCGAACCAGCGGCACAACAACCUGGUCAAGCAGGUGCUGCAGACGCUGGCCAUCAUGAUCCAGAACAUCCGCAGCGAACACUCCUUGUUCUUCCUGUUCUCAAACAACCACUUAAACCAUAUCAUCGGGCUGACGUUCGACUUCCAGGAUGAGGAGCUCCUCGGAUUCUACAUAUCCCUCCUCAAGACGAUCUCCCUGAAGCUCACCGAGAACACCGUCCAGUUCUUCUUCAACAGCGGCGCCUCGCCGCACUCCCCGCACGCCGCCCGCAAACCCCACGCGCCGGCCAUCUUCCCGCCCGGCGGCGGCGCAAGCGCCACCGACACGGAGGACGCCCGGCGCUUCCCGCUGUACUCGCGCGGCUCGGCGCUCUUCGACCACCCCGAGUCCAUGGUCCGCGCCGCGGUCCGCACGCUCACGCUCCAGGUCUUCCGCCUCCGCGACGACGGUCUGUCGCGCUUCGUGGCCCGACACGCGGCGGGGGAGUUUUUCCCCCAGCUCGCGGCGUACCUCGCCGGGCAGGCCGUGGCGCUCGACGGCGCGCUGGCGGCGGCCGCGGCGCGCGGCGCGGAGCGCGAGGGCCGCGUCGACGACCUCCUGGCGGAGCUCGAGGACGUGGUGGUGUAUUGCAACGACGUGCUGAGUCAGGCGACCGAGGAGGUCGGGCGGGCGCUGCGCGCGGCGCUGUGGCGGGAGCUUGCCGGGCCGGUGCUGUUCUGGCCGCUGCUCGCGCGCGAGCAGGACGGCGCGGAGCCGCCCGCGGGAAGCACGACGUGGCGGCGCGGGGACGUGCCCGCGGUGCGGCCCGCGACGGCGAUGUACGUCCUCGAGCGGCUCCUGCAGUCCCUCACGGACCCAGGCCUCCUCAACGCGCUCGCUUGCUCGCUCCUCCUCGGGCACCACACCAUCACGUACCUCCUGCUCAACCGACACAACGCGCUCGACUUAUACCCCCCCCGGGGGACCGCGGACCAGCAGGCGGCGCACAAGCCCUUCGAGUGCUACCGCGCGCUCCUCGACGCGCUCGGGAGCGGCAACCGCUUGCACUCCGCGGGCGCGACACGGGUGCUCGUGGCCUUGCUGCGCAACACCCAGGUGGACACGGAUCUCCUCGACACCGCGCGGCUGCUGCCGCAGCGCAUGAAGAAGACGCGGGACCUCAUCCACAUGCUGCAGAACCGGUCGCACGGCGCGCGGUCGCUCGUGCCGAGCGAGCCGAGUCAGGGCAGCCGCGUGUCGGGGGAGGGGGGUCGCGAGGGGUCGUACGGGCGGAGCGAGUACUCCGGGGAGGGCGAGGGCGGCGACGACGUGGGGCCGAUGCCGCGGCAGAGCAUGGACGUCGACGCGCUGCUCGGCGCGGUCGUGCACAUGCACCUCGACGUGUCGUCGCAAAAGUCCGGUCAGGGGGGGGGUGUCGACGGCGGCGCGGCGGACGCGGCGUCGAGCGGGGACGAGGGCGAGAAGCCCGCGGACGGCGCGCGCAAGCCGCGCACGAAGCUCAGCGGGACAUCCCCGGGGGAGUCGAUCGUGGGGGACUUAUUCAAACUCCUCGGGGGGGACUUGCCCUGCCACCAGCUGGCGCUCGUGGGGUGGCUGCUGCGGCAGCUGCUCACGGCGAGCAAGGGCGGGCGCGGGCGGUCGAAGAUGGGCGACGAGCAGCGCGCCUGGCUCGACGAGGCCGUGCCGCGCGCUGCCGACGACGUGGGGCGCGAGGUGGAGGAGGGGCUCUACGGCGACGCGGUGCCGCUGAUGGUGCACCUGACGUGGCGGCCGUGCCGGCUGCGCGUCGUCUCGCCGGCGCUCCCGGGCACGUCCGAGAGCCUCCUCCUCCCGGUGUCGGGCGCGGGGGGGGGGGCAAGCGGGAAGGAGGGGAGUCGACGAGGGAGCCGGCGCAGCGGGUCGGCGGGGCGGAACGCGAGCCGGAACGGCACGGACCAGCAGGCGGGGCUCGUCGAGCGGUGCACGCAGCGCGUGCAGGCCCUCGUCACGCUGGCGCAGGUCCACCAGCUGCUCAGCUGGGGGCGCGUGCGCCUCGAGGCCCCGCUCGCGGGCACGCCGUCGGUCCCGCGGCCGGACCUGCGCGAGGGCGUGGAGGUUCCGCUCGCGAACCUCUCUCCACUGAAGUGCAAGGUCUCGUUCGAGCCUAGCGUGGAGCAGGGCGUGCUCUUGUUCACGGCGGGGCUCGCCGUGCAGCCGGGGAUGGCGCUGGUCGACGCGCCGCUGACGGUGCUCGCGGCGCCGUCGCAGAGCCGCGCGGACUGCGGGCGCAUCCUGUGCACUGCGCCCGUGCUUGGGUGCCGCGCCGAGGUGGACCGCGGACAUCCCAGCUGGCUGCACCUGGGCGUGCGGCCGCCGCUGCGGCACGUGGCGCGCGCGCUGAACCACGCGCUGUCGUCGCCGUCGGGCCACGUGAAGCUGCGGCGGGACUUCCUGGCCGACGGGCACUGGGUGUUGGCGUUCGGGGGCAAGGGCGAGGCGGCGGCGGCGGUGGGCAAGAUCGCGGACCACGGGCGGCUGGUGCGCGGGGCGCUGCGGGAGCUGCUCGCGCCGCUGCUGCGCGUGGAGAGGUACGCGGGGUGGGGCAGGGAGGCGAGUCAGGCGCGGGUGUCGCAGGACGGGGACGGGGGCGGGGACUCGUUGAACGGCAACUCGCCGCAGCCGUAG